GAGUGCAGCACUGCCCCUAACGACACCUAUGCCGCCAGUCGCCGGUCGUCGAAUGUCGUCAUAGAGUGUAUUUAACAAUAAACUCGAAAAAGUGAGGCGAACAAAAGUGAAAUUGACAUACGCUGUGCAACCGUGAGCUGGCGACGUUGAUGAAAAAUAUAUUUCAGUUACUCAAAGACCGUCAAAAAGUGUAUACGAGUAUUUAGUUUAUAAUAAAACAGUACAAAAACAAAAGCAUUUUGCGAAAUGGGUAGCUGCUGUUCAAAGGAUCCAGACUCGAAGACUUCGUGGAGUCCUUCGGAGGCAAAUAAUGCGAGCACAACAUCGACAAUUGUCGCACAGCCAACAACCGACAAUAAUUCGGCUGGAGUGUUUACGAGCACGACAGUUGUGCCGGUUGACACAGAUGGUGCGAAUUCCGAGACGAUAACAACUAUCAUAAAAACAACAACAGUCACAGAGACGGUGGCGGCCUCGAACGAAUGAAUGAUGAACUGAGUAACUGACUGAUAGCGUCGAUGCACAGUCAGUGGCACUGCAGGAAAUGAAAUGGAAGCAUUUAGCAUUAAUUCAUACACAUUUAAGUUAAAAUAAGCAGACAGACCGAGUCAACAGUACACAUGUACAUAUAGAUUUAUAAAAAUAUAUUUACACACUAAACCGAAAAUAUUGUAUAUCGAUUUUUUGAAAUUUGUGUUAAUAAAUUUUUUUUUUGUAAGUAA